AUGAAGCUCAACAUCGCCAACCCCGCAACUGGGGCCCAAAAGACCGUCGACUACGACGAUGAGAAGAAAUAUCGUGUCUUCUUCGACAAGCGCAUCUCCCAGGAGGUCUCAGGCGACUCCAUCAGCGAUGAGUGGAAGGGCUACAUCUUCCGCAUCACUGGCGGCAACGACAAGCAGGGUUUCCCCAUGAAGCAGGGUGUCCUCCUCCCCUACCGUGUUCGUCUUCUCCUCGCCGACGGCCACUCCUGUUACCGCACCCGUCGCACCGGCGAGCGCAAGCGCAAGUCGGUUCGCGGCUGUAUUAUCGGCCCCGACAUUGCCGUCCUCUCCCUCGUCAUCGUCAAGCAGGGCGACAACGACGUCCCCGGCCUGACGGACAACGUCCUCCCCAAGCGCCUCGGUCCCAAGCGUGCGACCAAGAUCCGCAAGUUCUUCAACCUGUCCAAGGACGACGACGUCCGCAAGUACGUCGUCCGGAGAGAAGUCAAGAGCGCCAAGAAGGCGGACGCGAAGCCCUACACCAAGGCUCCCAAAAUCCAGCGUCUCGUCACCCCCCUCCGUCUCCAGCGCCGCCGUCACCUGCGCUCCCUCAAGCGCCGCCGGCUCGAGCACCAGAAGGAGCAGAAGACGGAGUACGACGCCCUCAUUUCCAAGCGCAUUGCGGAGAAGAAGGAGAAGGCUGCAGCUGUCAAGGCUUCGCACAAGAAGACUGCGUAA